AUGACAAGGGCAACUCAAAGUGCAUUACAAUAUCGAGUGGAUUAUAAGCGAGGAUACUUGGUGAAUCUCGGAGAUGUCAUCAACCUCACCUGUCCUUACACAGCACCUUUCUACAAAUGGACGCCUGCAACUCAGACCUCAUGGAUACUCUCUGAAGAUCAGAUGUAUUCUUUAAAAGCGGAGAGUCUAGCUAUUACUGGGAAGUACAUCUGCAGUGCUGUCAAUGGUUUCGGGCACAAUGCUGCAGAGUUUAACAUUAAAGUUAUCGACAAAUUCUCCUCCGCAUUGGAGCAAAGCUGUGCCCUUCUGUCUAACGGUCGUGUUAGCGACUCGGGUCCGUGCUUUCUCAAUACUUACUCUGAGCCUGAGUUGUCACAACUCGAAGCCUGGGGUGAGGAUGUCAAUUUGGACUGUGAGAGUGCAGCAACGGAAGAUUUGGCUGAGCGUAUGACUUACACUUGGAAUUUCCAUCCGUUAAAUUCCAUGGAACCUCCUAGUGCUGUUCCAGCGGGCCUACCGCACUUGAAAAGUACAGUUUUAUCAUCAGCAUCCUCUGCUGUACAAUCCGAUUCCUCAUUUUCUCCCUUCUAUCCUGGUGAAAGAGAAGGUCGUGCACCGCGCAUGACGUCCACUAAAAAGGAUGGGGUCGCAGACUUGAGUCCAACUGAAACCGUCGCCAGAUUUACUGGGUCUACACUUCGAAUUCGAAAGAUUACUUUGGCUCAUGCUGGUGAGUACCGAUGCACAGUUCACGUGGAUACAAAACUUGGCGACCUGCCUGGAUCUCCAACUAUCGGAAAGCUUUCUAGAACCUUUCGAAUCCGUGUUCAGCCAAGAUCAGAAGGUGAUAUAAUCCAAGGUCCUCAUAAUGUGACAGCCACCGUUGAAUUAGGACGGGAUGCAACGUUCUCCUGUGAAAUAAACGCGGAAGAGCACAGAUCUGCAACUAUACGUUGGGGAAAGUACAUCUCUCUAGAUGAGCCUGGAGCAAGUGACAUCCGAACCAAUGAAGUUCUUCACUGGUCAGGUGGAACUUAUGUAGUGCUACCGACAAUCUUACCACAGGACCUCCAGCAAUUCUUUGACAUCUCCAAACCUCUGGCUGUUAGCAAUCCUGGUUCUAGGAAAAGUAGACUUGUUCUUCGAUCGGCAUCCCCACGUGAUGCUGGUCUCUAUAUUUGCUCUGUCAUCACAGAGUCUGGACGAGACGAUCACAAAUUCGUGCACAUAUCCCUUAAAGAUGGUGAUAAAAUAAUAGAAGGAAUGGGUGACGUUCAAGAAACAUCACCACGCCACUUGACCAUCUACAUCGCCGUUCCCAUCUGUGUGUUUCUUAUAUGCAUAGGGGCAGUAGCCUCUUUAAUAGUUCGCAACAGAAGUCGUCAAAAUCGACAGCGCAGUCAACGAAACGGCCAAAAGCCCUUCUUCAUUACCCAAAAUUUGAGUGGAGGUGGGGGAGAAAAACCGUCACUAAAUUCAUCCCACCGUUUCCUUGAUCAAAGCUCCAUUGCGGGUAGCGCGUCAAUGACCUUCACACGAAGUGGGAGCCCCCAGCGACAGGGGAGAUCUACAGUAUCAUCAAAAGUGCCUCCUGUUGGUCCUUGUCAUAUGCAGAUGCGUCCUUCUCCGAUGAAUAGUACUACCAAUACCAGCACUAGUCAAAUACCCACAACCCAAUUCUCCCCAGGUCAUGUCCAACCUUCUUCCUAUAUCUACCCAAGUCCGAACACUGAGUGUGCCUAUCUAUCUGCUGAUGGCGUCCCGAUGAGACCUCCUUAUGCCUCUCCGCCCAUCUCCACAUAUGGUCCUCCAGCAUACAUGAACGGCCAUGUUCCAAGUGUGGACUUCCAACGUUAUCCUCAAGGUGUUAAAGGUGUUUCUUAUCCUGGAUAUCCACAAUCUGGAGAUUCUAGUGCCUGCACCACUGAUAUGGGGAUUGACCCAUCAGGCAACCCUUUCAUGACAGGGGAGCCUAUAGGGAACCAAGACCACCAAAAUCGACGUUUCCUUUGUGUGAGUCCAUCCAGUGGACAAGAUAGUGGUAGUCACCUACAGACAUAG